AAAAAAAACAAAGAAUGUUGGGUUCUUUCUGUGCUCCAUCAUCAAAGCCGCCGCCAUCCUACAAGGAAAGGGUCCUGUCAUCUUCAUUCACUCAUAAUGCUGUGAGAAUUGGGCAAUGCAACAGUGCAUUUUCCGGUACUCGGAUCGAUAUUUUGAGGAAGAAAUGUGUUGCAACCAAAAGAUUUUCCACUUCUGCUGUUUUGGCUGAUGUUGCUAAAGGUUUCAUGGCUUUCAGGGCGAAUAUUUUUCCGAAAAAAGAGGCGGAUCCUAAGACUGUUGCCUCUAUCAUAUUAGGGGGAGGGGCUGGAACUCGGCUCUUUCCCCUUACUGAAACAAUGGCCAAACCAGCUGUCCCCAUUGGAGGAUGUUAUCGGCUGAUCGAUGUCCCCAUGAGUAACUGCAUCAAUAGUGGGAUUAACAAGAUUUACAUCCUCACUCAGUUCAAUUCUCAAUCCCUCAACCGCCACAUUGCUCGGACAUAUAAUAAUGGCAAUGGUGUGAACUUUGGUGAUGGGUUCGUCGAGGUAUUAGCUGCUACACAAACACCUGGUGAAUCUGGAAACAAGUGGUUCCAGGGCACAGCUGAUGCCGUAAGACAGUUCUUAUGGUUGUUUGAGGAUGCUAAACACAGAUAUAUCGAGAACAUUUUGAUAUUAUCUGGCGAUCAUCUAUACCGGAUGGAUUACAUGGAUUUCUUGCAGAAGCACAUUAAUUCUGGUGCUGACAUAUCUGUUUCUUGUGUUCCUGUGGAUGAAAGUCGUGCCUCUGAUUUUGGAUUGGUAAAGAUCAAUGAAAGCGGACAGAUCGAGCAAUUUCUAGAGAAACCUAAGGGUGAAAGUUUGAGGUCAAUGCAAGUCGACACGACUGUUCUCGGAUUAACAGCUCAAGAUGCUAGUAAACUGCCGUACGUUGCAUCAAUGGGUGUAUAUUUGUUCAAGACAGAUGUUUUACUGAAACUACUCAGGUGGCAUUAUCCAGAAGCAAAUGAUUUUGGAUCCGAAAUAAUUCCACUGGCUAUGAAAGAUUAUACUAUUAAGGCAUAUUUGUUUAAAGACUACUGGGAAGAUAUCGGAACUAUAAAAUCCUUUUUCGAUGCAAAUUUGGCCCUCACAGAUACGCCCUCCAAGUUUCACUUUUAUGAUCCUCUAAAGCCAAUCUUCACCUCUCCUCGGUUUCUACCUCCGUCAAGAAUAGAGCAGUGUCGGGUCGUGGACUCCAUCAUUUCACAUGGCUGCUUCUUGAGAGAAUGCAGCGUCGAACAUUCCGUCGUGGGGGUUCGCUCAAGAUUGGAACAUGGGGUGGAGCUCAAGGAUACAUUGAUGAUGGGUGCUGACAAUUACCAAACUGAAAAAGAAAUAGAAUCCUGUUUAGCAGAGGGCAAUGUUCCCCUAGGCGUUGGCAGAGAUACCAAAAUCAACAAUUGCAUAAUAGACACAAAUGCAAGAAUUGGAAAGAAUGUUGUCAUUGCAAACAAGGAUAAUGUGGAAGAGGCAGAUAGACCAUCUGAGGGAUUCUACAUUCGAUCAGGAAUUACAGUAGUGUUAAAAAAUUCUGUAAUUAAGGAUGGAACUAUCAUUUAGUACUCUCUUUUCUUUU